UUCAGGAUGUUUGGGAAGGGGUAUUUUUCUUUUAAUAGGAUGGCGUAGUCACAAAGCUUUAAAGAAAUAAAUGAGUGAAUCGCCUAUGGUAAUAGCAACAUACUAUGAACGGGGCACAGUGACGAAGUUCAAGUCUAUUUUUAAGCAUGCCUGGUAGCAUGUAGGUGCAGACAAGAGCCUGUGCCCCUUUCUGCUGCUCUGAAGCUAUGGACAUGGCUGUUGUCUCUGUCCCAGUUCAACGUCAGAGUUGUUUUUGCUCCCUAGCGAAUACUAUGGGAAGACAGAGAAGCCUGGAGCUGUUUUGAAGAUUAUGCAACGAUGCUUAGGAGCCUACCUGCUUUUGCUUGAGUGCUUUCCUCGCUCACAUCGCACAGGAUGCGACAGGAAGAGAAGUACAACCGAAUCGGACGGCCCUGGUGAUUGGACUCGAAUCCAUCCUAUGCCCUGGAGGUGAGUUAAUUCCUUCAGCAGAGGUGAUUUCACGCCACAAUGCAGUGUCUAAACAAGGACGAUUGGGCUGCCUACCCCGUGCAUAUGCAUGGUGCCUGCCCGGCAGAUCUGCUGCGACAAAGAGCCAUGAACAACCCCAGACACUUGGGCAAGAUAAGGAAAAGGCUGGAGGAUAUCAAGAGCCCGUCCUCAAAGCUGACAAAAGCGGAUUUCAGCCACAACGAAAGCAUAAGGUUGGCCACUGAUGCCUUUCUGGAUGGUGGGACAGACUCUUACCUGGAAACUUUACACAAGGAAGGUGAGGUAGAUUUCCUCUCCUCAGUGGAAGCUCAGUACAUCAAGGAUAAUGCCAGGGAGUCCUAUUAUGCGGAGGAGUCCCUGGCCACAGAUGGGGCGGCUGCGCCAAAGCAGAACUAUGCUGGGUCACUCCCUUCAGGGACCUACUUCCCCACCAUUUCUGACAGCAGCGAGCCAGCUCUGCUGCACACAUGGAUUACAGCAGACAAGCCCUAUUUGAAGGAAAAAUCCACUGCCACUGUGUAUUUCCAGACAGAGAAGAACAACAACAUCAGAGACAUCAUACGCCGGUACAUCAACAAAACCACUCAGGUGCUAGCUGUCGUGAUGGAUGUGUUCACAGACACUGAGAUUUUCUGUGACCUCCUGGAGGCAGCCAACAAGCGCAUGGUGUUUGUCUACCUGUUGCUUGACCAUGGCAGUAUCAAUCUCUUCUCGGAGAUGUGCGACAAGUUGCAGGUUUCUGAGGAUCUCUUCAAGAACAUCUCAGUUCGCAGCGUUACUGGAGAGGUUUACUGUGCCAAAUCAGGCAGGAAAUUCUCAGGACAAAUACGAGAAAAAUUCCUUAUCUCUGACUGGAAAUACGUGCUCUCCGGCUCUUACAGCUUCACGUGGUUAUGUGGCCAGGUUCACCGCAACCUCCUCUCCAAAUUCACGGGUCAAGUUGUGGAGCUGUUUGAUGAAGAGUUCCGACACCUUUACGCUCUGUCCAAGCCCGUGAGGGGCCCAAACUCUCCGCCACGCACCAUGCCCUUCCUGUUCAACAGGAGCUGGGCCCCCCAGCGCAGCCUCCCCUGCAGCAACGAGGAAAACACCAACACUCUGUCUGAUCCCUUCAGCAGCCUCUCCAAUGGCAGCAACCACCAGAACAAGCAGAAUCCAACAGCCCUCAUAUUCAGCAGCAACUUAGCCCCACAGUCACCUCUGCAUAGAGUUAAUUCCUUCCACAACUAUGUCUCAUUCACACCCUCAUCACCACAAAAGGCCAUCCAGGGUAACUACUACCAGCCGCCCUAUGUGGCUGAUAACUCCGCAGUGCUGUAUAACAACAUGAACGUUUACAGGCCUAUAAGACUUAGACAAGAAGAAGCAAAUAGAACAGGGUUAAACUCACCCUGGAGAUGCCUCCACCAAGCUAACCUGUUUACAUAAUAACCACCUUGGUUUGAAUUGCAAGUAAGCCUAGUGAGGACCUGUUUAGCAAUCGCUCCUGUACUGAUGAAUAUAGAAAUUCUAUAUAAUACAAAAUGAGGAUGAUUUCAAGCCUCCUGUUUUUGUUUUGCUGCUUACGGAUGCUUCGUUUCCCUAAUUAAAAAGCCAAGCCUUGCUAAUGUGUAAACUGGGUGCAUCAUGACCCCAGGAAGAACACAUCUAAAUAAUGCUGCUCAUAGUGCAGCACUGCUGCCGCCUAUCCCCUGCCCUCGGUAGCGUACCUGUGUAGCAGUAGAUUCAGUUGGUCACUGGUUUUCAGGUGGCCAGGCAUGGGGUGAGGCACAGUUUAUUGCUGUGCAUCGUAGCACUGGCAUGAGGAGGCUGAAGGCUUGGUUAUGCAGCAAACCAAGGCAGUGCUGGCAGCAGCAGUCUACUACCUCCGUGCUGUCAUCGCACCUUGAUUUUGGAGGACUCCUGAGGGCUGAUGGGGAAGGAGUUUGUUCCUCUGCACCAUCUGAGGUACAGCAGCAAGGCCAGCUCUUGGUGAGGUUUUAGGACAGGGUCUGUGAACACAAGCCCAGCAGUUCAGGUUACAUCUUGCAGCUCACUUCCACUCUGUGCCUUCAGCUCACUUUGUUACCACCUCCAAUCCCACCAGCUCAGAGCAGUUUUCCUUAUUGCAGAGUAGCUGUCUAGAUCCAGACUGGAAAAUGAAGCUGAGUGAAGAAGCAAAGUCCUACAAGUAACACACCAGGACUGAGUUCCAAUUCAUUUAAUAGCAUGUGGAUAUUAGAAACCUCUCAAUGGUAAUUUGAUUGAAGGUUAAAUUAGAGGCAACAGUGCUGUAUUUCAGAGUUCUUCGAGGUUUCUGAUGUUUAGAGAGAAGCUGAGUGCCUGUAGUGCCCACUGAAUACAGUUACAGAGGGAAUUACAGAGGUUCAGCAGCUUGAACCAAACCAGAGAAACUUUCUACCAAAUAAUCCAUGAAAACGAAGGAAGCGUCUGUAAGUAAAAGGCAAAAAAUAGUACGAAAAUUCCUGAAACAAAGGAUUUCCACCCAAAUCUCGUAGUUAGAUGCCUCACAUCCAUUGAUCUGUCAGUAGAUUAUUUUUUUACACCUACUUUAUAUCAUCUUUCAUCUGACUCCAACAGAAAACAGGAACCAAAACACAUUUGCACAUCUUUCCUCUUGCUUCUCACCUGCUCAAGGAAGGCAGUUACUGAGGCUGUGGGUGAUGACUAUUGUAUGCAGCAGCAAGGUCUCAGGUGAGGACAGUUUCUCUUCCUUGGAAGAGCAAUCAUUUUGAAAGCAUGACAGUAACAUUGGCAGAACAUCAUGAGAGGAACAGGAUGGGCACUUCCUGCUCUAGCUUUGGUGUGCAUGGAUUUACCUCUGAAAUCAAAUAUUGGAGUCCAGAGUAACAAUAAACUACUGCAUAUAGUUGUAAAUUCUGUACAUAGAAACACUUUUUAGAUUCCUUGGGAAGAAGGGGAAGUUGAUUUUCAUUCCUGUGACAAUUCUACUUCAGUAUCUAAAUAUGGCAAGCAUUCAAAUAAAAGAGACUUUCAUUAAAAUCCCUUUGAGAAUCA